AUGCCCGCAUGCUUGACUGGAGUCAGUUCACCCCGGGCCCCAUCAACAUUGGCCGAUGACCCCCAGGGUGCACCUUCCAUGACAGUUCUUGAAGAUUUAUUCAACAACCUCAGCAUUCGCGAUUGUGAAAGCCGCGUUCUCAUCACCAGCGUCAUUCGACUUGUCACUCCCGCACACCGUGACAGCCCCAACAACAGACAAGCAACCGCUGUCGAAGAUGGCUUUGAAGUCCUCUCCUCCCCCGGUCCUCACGCGGAGGUUGACGACGGUGAUGAUAAUGAUGGCGAUGCAUCUGAGAUGGUGACCCCACAGGUCACCAACUCUCCCAGUACUUUACAGUGCCCCACCUAUUCCUGCAGGAAUGGGGUCAUUCUAGUGGAAAUCCACUGGAAUAGGACUGGAAUCAAGCAGAUACACAGUUUAUCUUAA